AUGGAAUAUAUUGGAGGAUAUAUGGAAGAUCGAUGGUUUACUAUUACUAAUUUUAGUAGGAUGUGCGAAGAUUGGGUUUCCCAUGUGCGAAGAUCCUGGAAACAUUACGGUUCCAAACGGCACGAUUACAAUUUACAAGAAACAUUGAAUGGAUCCUUUCCGAUGAUCAAUACUUACAAACAUUUCGACAUUUCGGCAGAAGCGAUUGGUAAUUAUAUGUUUGAUUCUGGCCUCAUUGUACACGGAGGGUCCAAGCGAAAACAGAAGCGGAAAGAGAAGUAUCAAACAGUAGUAGACGAAGAAAAAGAAGAAGAAGAUCGCGAGAAUGAAAAAGCAGCCAGGAAGGAACUGGAAAAGCGGUUCUGUGAAAUCUGCCGAAAGAAAUUUAGCUGUCAGAAACAGUACGAGAAUCACCUAGCCUCGAAAGCUCAUAAAAAGAAGAUUCGGGACCAAAAGAAUAAAACCGUAGCAACCGUUUCUAGAAAUAAAGAACGCAGAACUACAAAGAAUGUUGUCGGUUUCAGCAAAGAAAGGAUUAAUUCGAUUUCUUCCAGUACUAAUAAUCAAUUAUCGUCGCCGUCCAGUUAUAUUCCGCGCCGUCCUCUUAUCUUGAAUGGUCGAUACAUGGACGUUCAUAUAUGUUAUUGUCUGUUCUGCAACGAACGUAAUCAAUCCUUAGAGUACAUUAUGGAACACAUGGCGAAGAGUCAUUCGUUUGUCAUACCUGAUUUGGAGUACUGCGUGAAUCCAAUAGGCCUGUUAUUGCACUUGGCAGAGAUAGUUUAUUUUAAUUUCCAGUGUAUUGAUUUCCAGUGUCGUAAAAAGUCUGAAAAGUCAGGAAAGAAAUGGAAAAGUUAUAACGCAGUGAGGAUGCAUAUGAUUGCUAAGGGCAAGCGCCACUGCGAGUUAUUCUUCGUUGACUAUAUCGACGAGUUUUAUGAUUACACCAACCGUCCAGACGACGAGACUGCUGAACCAGAAGAGUUGUCGAAAGUUCACGAAGCUAAUUGUAAGCUGCUGGAAUCAUCAGACGUUAACAAGGCUAAGCAACCUUUGACACCUGGCAGGUUUAUGAAUCGUGCUUUGUUCGAUAAAAUUAAGCGGUAUAAGCAAGACCUCGAGACAAAGAGGAAACUGAGAAACAGCAUCAAAAAAGCUACCUUGCCCUGCCGAAAAUGUUCGAUUAAAACCGAUUAAAACAUAAUCCGUUUUAAUCGGUUUUAAUCGGUUCAAUCCGCGCCCGGAUUAAAAAGUAAUCGAUUUUAAUUCCAAACUAAUCAGAAUGGGUUUUGAUAUCGCUUUUGCAGAUUAUUUCCAAUCCGAAAUCAUUACAUUCUAAUCCAUAUUGUUGUCAAUCCAAAAUAAACACUAAUAAUCGGAUGGAUAUAUAAUCCAAAAUAAUCCGCCUAAUUUUGUAUAUUUCUUUUCAAGAGAUGAGUCCGUUUCAAUUACAAAAACACCAAUUCAAUAAAAU